GUUGGAACUUGAUCUUUGACUUAACCUCUUUGAAAAUAAAUAUUAACUGCGAAUAAAACCAGACAAGUUAUUUAGUCGCGGUUAUGGCAGUCAAUAACUGUCAAUCCAGUUAAUAAUAGUUACGUUAUUGGUUAUUACCUGUUACCACAGUUUUUGUUAAAAUGAAGUGUUACAGUUUCGUGUUUGUUUGCAAUGCAGUGUUGUGUAUAUCUGGAAGUAACGGGGUUAAUUUAGUGAGACAUGUAAGGAACAUAGUUCCCCUAACAGAAGCUACGACGAUUGCACCGAUGUUUCCUUCUUACAAACAAGAAGAACGCGUCUGGAACAAAAACGGUCUAGAGGAGCCAGUUGUCAAUGGGUUUCGUGUUCAGGAUUCACCACCAACUACACCAAGUUAUUUUGGUACUAACGAAAAACAUAUUCCUGAACCAUCUUCAUCCUCUGGAACAACGGGUGUUCCCGAUUCUCAAAAUCUAGCUAACGAAGGACAGGAAUCAAUAUAUGACGAUUAUGGAAUAAGCUCAAAAAUACCAAAUAUAGAUUUCUUAGGCUAUACAAGGCGAAUGAUAUACGCUCCUUCCAAAACCUGUAAGCCUGGAGAAACUCGCGACAGAGUUCGUGGCAUCUGCGUAAAAAUAGCAAGGAAAUGAGGACGAUGAGACAUGUCAACAUGACCAGCUUCCGACAACUCUCCAGGCCUGCACAGCUUGCCAAUCUGUCAUUUAAUAUUACAUAUAGCUCCAUUCACCUUUCAACAAAAUAUAACAACAGUUAAUUAUAAUUAUUAAACAUAAAUAUAAAACAACGUACAUUGAA